AUGUGUUCAAAUCGAAGUCGUGAAUUUUUUCGUCGAUUAUCUCAAACAACAUUUACUGAUCCAGGAAGAUAUAGUCGAGCACCACCCGAUGAAAAUGACGAUUCAGAAACAACUUUUCAUAAAACAGUUGAAAUUCACGGAACACAAUGUCGAAUGAAAUGGUGUCAAACAUGUGGAUUUUAUCGACCACCAAGAUGUUCUCAUUGUUCAGUGUGUGACUUUUGUAUUGAUACAUUUGAUCAUCAUUGUCCUUGGUUGAAUAAUUGUGUUGGUCGUCGAAAUUAUCGAUAUUUUAUAAGUUUUCUAUUGAGUGUAUUGAUUCACAUGUUAGUUGUGUUAUCAUUGUCAGUUUAUUAUUUAUAUAAAAAUCAUGAAAAUCUUUCGGAUGUUUCGUCAAUAAUCUCAAUAAUCUUAAUCGUAUUUAUCGUUGUACUUAUAAUUCCAAUUGGUGGUUUAACAACAUUUCAUUUAAUGUUAAUUUGUCGAGGAAGAACAACAAAUGAACAAGUAACAGGAAAAUUUAAAUCAAAUAUCAAUCCAUUUGAUUAUGGAUGUUUAUUUAAUUGCUCAAGAAUAUUUUCAUCUUCAAAUCCACCAAAAUUAUUGACAAAGAAAAAGAAAUCGAAAACAUCGUAUCAAAUUGAAGUCAGUGACAAGAAAUCGAAAAGUAAAAAUGGAACAAAUAAAACAAAACAUUAUACAAUGACAUCGGUAUAA